AUGUUAGUUUAUAGUUUUCUUAUCCCUUUUCUAUUAUUAUCACCAUUAUCGGCUAAAGUCACAUAUUUUAAUCUCGAGAAUAUUUAUGGACCUUAUUGCAACGCACAGAAUACAUUCACACUUGAUGCCGGUGUUGUUCGAUAUGCUGGAACACCAUGGCUUGGUAAAUGUGAACUAAACCUACAAAGUUGCUGUUUACCAAUGUUGAACAGUUCAUCUCUUGCUGCUAAUUUAUCAGUCUCAACGAGAUUUUAUAUUCACUUGUUGAAACCACCUACGUGUCGAACAGAAUUUGUAAUUAUUGAAGCUGAAACCGGUGAAAUGAUUUCUAUUGAUUGUAAUACGACAGAAGGUGCUGAAUACUAUUUGGACACGGAACGACUAAAAAUAAUCUAUCAUCGAUUAGAAAAAUUUCCAAUCUCGAAGUUUUCAAUGGUUGUCACACCAUUGAAAUUCAAAACACGAAUGUUUACACCGUGCGGUUUCGAUUGUUUUACAGAUACGUUUUGUAUCGAUCGUAGUCUCGUAUGUGAUCGAUAUCAAAACUGUCCGAAUCGCGUUGAUGAAUCCCAUUGUGAAUACAGUCAUAAUCGGCCAUCGUUAUCGUUUCAUGGGAAAGUGGCUCUUUUUGCCGUUCUCUUGAUUAUCAUAUCAGUCGAUGUUUCAUCGAUAUUGAUUUGUUAUUUCUGUUGUGGAAUCUCCAAUCGAAAUCGUUCGGGUUCAAAAGAUCGAAAGGCCGCUCCAACAACUAUAGAAGAAGGUGCUGCUCCUGGAACCCCUCUUUUGCAAUCAACCACACCUGACGAUAAUAAUUAA